GAACAAGCUUCCAGAACAGCAGGGUAGUAAUAAUACUGCUUACGCUUUUGUUGCUACUGUUUGUUGUGUCUGGUCAUGCAAAGUUAUGUUCAGAGAGGAAGUUCAGUUUUCUUUUUAUCCUGGCCAAGUGCGGUAGUGUUGUUGUUGUAGCUAAUCAUUUUUUUAUAAAUUCAUUAUUACUUAUUGUUAUUAUUAAAACUCGCAUUCUCUUUUUGCGAAAAACUUAAAUCUAUUGAUGCUUGUGUUAAUCGAUCUAUCUAUAUUUGUUAAACCUUUAUUAAUGCUUUGUCUAUAUAUAAGUAUUUGAAAAACUCGUAAACCGGAAAUCAAAUAAUAAGUUCAUAAAAAUACAUACAUAAACAUUACAUUUGUUUAAGUGUCCUUUGUAAAGUAAGAAAAAAAUAAAAAAUAAAACAUGGGAAAUUCCAUGAAUGUUAAUCAAAUCCAAACGGCUGUGGUUGAUCGUUUUAAGGCCAUUUCAUUAACCACAGAUGACAACGGUGUCAUACGUAUACGUUCUUUUUCGGAUGGUGGCGCCCAACUGGCUGCUCGUAUGGCACAGCGUAAUAGUCUAACGCAUCAUAAUCAUGACGAUCAUGUGCCUCCAUUAGAGGAGCAUCGUUACAGUUUUGAUGUAGUAAAUAGACCACGUUAUACACGUACAUCUUGUACCACUAUCCCAGAAGAGGAUAUAGUAAGUAUUAAAGUGUUUACUGUGUGGAAAUGUGGUUAUGUAUUUAAGUAAUUGAAUUGUUCUGUGUAUAAUUGUUUAAAUUCCUUAAUUUAUAUAGGAAUUACGAAGAUAUCCUUUUACUCACUUUAACCAGCAGCAUGUGUUAGGCACAUGCUACUUUUAUAUUUUUUACCCUUUUUAUAUCGAUGAGGCAUGUUUAAAAUCUGCUAAAGACAAUGUUCAUCAUGAGGGUAGCUUGACGCUUUUAAAAUAACAAAUACUAACACUAAAUACAACAUAAAAAGACUGAAAAAUAAAGUAUCUAACAAGAAAAUAAUCAAUAAUUCAAUAUUUUAUAGAUAAAAUGUUAAAAAUAAACCCACAUCUAAUUAUGCUCUUUAUACUAAACGGUUUUUAUUUUAUAAUACUUUGUUGUAUAUACCAUAUAUUUAACAGUAUAAAUACUUAAUUAAAAAAAUAUCACAUGUAAUGUAUUACAAAGUAAAUUUAAAAAAUAAAAGCAAAUUAAAUUAUCUAUUAAUAAACCGCUGCAAUCACGACGUUUACAUUAGCAAUAAAUUAUAUAUUAGAAACAUAUAAUUAUAUAUUGGUAAGCAGCAUUUAAAUUUGUUAAAACAAAGAUUGUUGACGAAAAUUGUUUUUUAAAAUUGUCAUCAUUUUAAUGCAAUUUUUAUACAGUGUUAAACGUCUGUCCUCUAGAUAAGAGAUUAUCGUCCUUUUUUCUUCGUAGAUCCAUAAGAAGUGUGUACAGGAUUAAUGUAUAAGCAUCACAAUAUAGAACAUUUAAGUUAAGUAAAAUUGA